AUGAGCAUUCAAAUGAUUACAUUUUUUCGAAGACGACGACGGAUAUUGAUUGUUACGCUGCUGGCUUUGUUUCUCACAGCGAUAGGUAUUCAGCAGCACUUGAUGGUAGCAACUACUACUGUUACCCAGCAACAGCACAAAGAAGAAUAUCGGCCGUCAAUAUUCAUUGUGGCAGCACUACGCAACAGUGAGCCGAUACUCGACCAUUGGACAACACAAGUGGAACGUUUGGUAGCGUGGGCUGGCCCUUCGCGAACCUUUAUAUCUGUAUAUGAGAAUGGAAGUCAAGACAAAACCAAAGAAUUGCUCGGAAACUGGCAAGUUAAACUUACUGAUGCCGGUAUACAAAACAAGAUUGUACUCGACGAUGCAAACAGCGUUAGCUCCAGAAUGAACACAACAGGCAAAAAUCGCCGGAUAACUAAACUUGCCGAGAUCCGCAACUUGUCACUGGAGCCACUGCAUUCGCAAUCAGCUGGACACUUUGACAAGAUCCUUUACCUCAAUGAUAUUAUAUUUGACGUUCAAGACGCUAUUCGAUUGCUCACAACUCGAGAUGGAGAUUAUGAUGCCGUAUGCGGAAUGGACUUUUAUGGCGAGUUUUAUGAUAUGUUUGCUUCUCGUGAAGUGGAUGGAAAAUGGGUGGCUUCGGGUGAUUAUCCUUAUUUCGCGGAUGAAACGAGCCAAAAACUGUUGCGAGCGUCCGAUCUGGUGCCUGUCUACAGCUGCUGGAACGGGAUUGUGGCAUUCAAUGCCAAACCGUUUGCACAGGAUCAAGUGGAAUUUCGUGCGGUUGCACCAGAUGAGCCAGAUAUAGCUGCGGAAGCAUCCGAGUGCUGCCUCAUCUUUACCGACCUGCGCGCAUUGGAUUAUACCCGUAUAUUCAUCGAUCCCCGUGUUAAGGUCGCGUACGAUAAGUUUCAUUAUUGGUAUGCACGCAACAUCCUGCCGAUAUGGACAGUCUUUUUGGCCUUCACCAACCAUCCUACAAACCAGUUAUCGAAUGCACAAGAAGCAGAAUGGACGUAUCGAGUGAACAAGGCAUAUGAGCAAGGGGUGGACCCACGCGACUAUAAUUGUCUAUGGAUGACCUUUUGA